CUACUACUUGCAUGUCUUCCAAGACUGCAUUCUCAUCCGACGAGUCAUCAUCAUCUAACUCGCAUCAAUGCACGCGCUACUCUCAUCCCACUUCCCGUAUCAAUGCGCAUCUCAUCCGAUGAUGACUCCUGCAUGAACUUCAAUGCACCUCAGUGCUGCCACUGUGGCUGGCGCGGAUCUCACUCCCCUAGCUGUCCCUUCCGCUGA